AUGGUGAAUGAAACACGUGAUAGAAAGGAACUCUGUACCAGGUCCUUACGCCUUCCCUUUCUCCUUAACCUUUCAUAAAGACCGAAAUACGUCUCUCAAAUUCGAACAGAUCAGCGUAACAAAUAUAUAUUAAGUGUGUUUGUUAGAUUUUAUUUUGAUUUCCUAAAUUAGUUUUUCUGAAAAUUUUCCUUUUGAAAAGAACUGUUUUGUACCUUAUGAGAAGUUUAGUACCCAGACCUCUCCGCAUUAGAAUAUCGCCUGGCGGUAAACAGUAAACAGCGUCUUGUCAAAAUGUUAUCUCGUUUGUUUCGCAUCAAUAAUCCUUCUUGCGGUGAAUCUAAAGCAGAAGGCCAAGAAAGCACAUCUUCUUUACUUUUUGAUGCAGAUAUUGUUACUGGAAUUGAUAAAAUCCUGUUGUGUGGGCCGCCUGAAGUUGGAAAAACCUCACUUCUUUUCGAAAUGGCUCUGAGCUUUGCUGACGAAGGAAAACACGUCCUGUUUAUUUGUCCCAAAAAACUCUCAAAACUUCCUUUGCUCGCUCAUGGAAGAACUCAGCCCUCAAGUGUUACUUUGAAGAACAUACAGAUGGUCUAUUUGGAAACGAAAGAGGAAUUUCUGAAUUACAUGGCGUCUAUCCACAUGUCGACAGCUAGAGUUUCUCAUGCUAUCAUUGUAGAUAAUAUUGAUGCCUAUUUUCCCGCCAAUAUGAGAAACGAAGAUUUGUCGUUAGUUGCCAAGAUUUUCGCUCUUACUGUGGAUGCUUUCCUGUUUCAAAAGUCCAAGCAAAUGUAAGUUUAGCCCUUAACUUUCAAGAUCUGAUUGUUAACUAUCCCCAAUAUAUAGCUGUUACGCAUUUCAUUGUGAAUCAGUAACGAGAAUUUGGUGUUAGAUCCAGAUAACAACUCCUACCUGAUAAGUUUGAGUACUGUCAUUACUCGUGUACUGGAGUUACAUGUUUACCACUUCAAGGAGUUAACGGUUUAAGGAGCCAACCGCAGUUUUUGUAAACUAACCACAAAGUUGUUGCAAUGCACAUCUUUUUCCUGAAAAAGGUCUGACUCUUGUCUUUUGAAAGCCCUUGUAACUUCAUGGACCUGCAAUCAUUACUUGAAAUCUAAAUGUUAGGUUUAGUAUUGGAGAUCUCAGCUCAAAUACCAGUCUAUUUUGUUUCAUUACAUGAUAUUUUUAUGGACCCCUUCAUAUUUUGAAUUGAAGAAUUAUUGAUGUCUUGAUCUUCAGUGAAAAAAUGGCAAAAAAUACACUUUUUCCAAAACCAUGAUUUCUUAUAAUAAUACAUUUGACUCCCAUUAUUGUGGACACCCUUUGUGGGAGAUUUGGUGUCUUUAAUAGCAAGAGUCUGUAAUUGCAAGGUAAAAGAGAAAAAAAAUUGUUUUGUCUCAAAGGGAAUGAAAUAAUAAUUUACAGUUCUAAGUAAACAAUAAAGUUUCUAACAUGGUCUCACAAAGCGAAAAAAGAUACGGCUGCAAGCAGGAAAUCCUCAUGUUCGCACCCAAUUGAAGAAUGGUUUCUUUAUUUUCCUGUAUCGCAAUGUCACUUUAUGUUAUGUGAGUCAGGAUUUUGGAUGAACUACUUAAGUGUCCACUAUGGUGAGAGAAAAAACAAGAGAAAUGUCGCACUGAAGGGGCAUGAAAGUGUCUGCAUUUCUGUAAUAGUAAGAGUCUGUAAUAAGAGACAUUUAUUUCAUUCAUGUACUUUCUUUAUGUGUUUUGCUGGGAGGGCUGGCUCUUGUCAGCAAUGGCGGGGUGUCCCUAAGGUGUCCAUCAAGCAAGAGUCAACUGCCAUUCUGAGAAAUGGGACCCAGACUUUUUCAAAAUUUGAUAAUGUGUCUAUGAAGCUAUGGUUGUUGUAAAGCUGGAUGAUUUUCUCCAACACAUAAAUCACCAAUUAGCAUAUGGAGAAAUUCCUUUUUUUUAAACUUGUAUGCCAGAAAAAAAUGAUUUGGUGGAUUGUUGAAUAUUUACAAUUUAACCAUUUGAAACCUAAUGCAUGUCUGCAUAUUCUCCAUACUGUUCUCUGUACAUUUUCUACAGUGCUGACAAGGAGAAUUUGUUUUAACAAUCAAGAGCUGCUUUAGUUGGUGAUCAAUUCCUCUAUUCUUAUAACUUCUAUGUUUGAUUCAAGAGUGAUAUUGUAAGGAGAAAUUAGAUGCUGGUCACUCUUAGGGAUUAGAGGAUUAAAUUCAAUUUUGCUUCUCCUAUAGAGAUCAGCCCAAAGUCAAACAAUCUGGCAUGCUAUUGAUGUCAAUCACAGUUCCCACUGACACUAAAUCAGUUCCAAGACAAUCAUUUUAUGAACGCUGGGUACAGUUUGUCCUUCCGAUCCAGGUGAAGGCUGCAAAUCUCUAUGAGCUUUCAGUGCUACCUUCCAACUCAAAUGAUGGCUCUUCAUUGGCUAAUGUUGUUUACAAAAUAGCAGAUCAGAAUAUUGUUGUUCAAGACAUUGAUUAUUGUUCACAAUCUGAUGGUUCGUCAACAGAAAUGACUUCUUGA